AUGGACGAAAAACAGGCGUCUGGGAGGCCUAGCGGGAUCCCUCGCAUGUCCCGUCUGCCUCUUCCAAGAACAGCUCCAGCUCCAGCUCCAGCUCCUACUGUUCGACCAUCUCCAUCGCGAGAAGGCCUGAACUCGGGCUUGAAGAACCCCCGACUUCGCCCAGCUGCUUCGCGAGACCAAUUGGCCCCGGCCGCUGCUCUCAAACAACCCGAAUCUCGCACGACUACGAGACCGAAACGAGAGAUCCAGCCCCCAUCCACGAGAAAGACCGAAUUGAGAGCGCCCACUGCUGCACUGAGAUCUUCCAGAAGCGUGCCCCGACUGCAGUCCAAGGGACCGGUAAUCCAGAACCCCCCUACGCCUCCAGAAGAACCCCGACGAGCAAUCACUCCGCGCUCGGCAAGCGUUACGCGAAGCCCCUCAGAGGACAAUGUUGCCACCCCAAGCUCGAGUCGUCUGGAUGACCCAAUUACUUUGACGAAAGACAAGAUGAGCCCACAAGUUGCCGACGGUGAUGCCGAACCCGAUCCUCGGGACUUUGAUACGCUGAGGACACCCUCCCUCAAGCCUCGUCCUUCCCUCUCAGAACGAACAAUCGAGACCCUUCAACAACUACAAUCCUCGCCUUCUCUUAGCCACAAGACCUCUGCCUUCUUCGACCCCGACGGCACCAUGCGGCCUCGUUCACGCGCCGGCAGCGGCAACUCGAGACCUGGCUCAAGCUACACUUCCGAUGGAUCUAUGCGGCCUGCGUCCCGGCACAGCAGACCAAGCUCGAGCUCCGGUGCUGAAGAGAACCCAUUCGCCAAUGCUCGACCGGCUGCGAACGCGUAUCGGCCUUUGGGCGCCAUUGAAGGUACCCCUGCUCGCCGUGUAUCGAGCAUUCGUUCCCUCCGAGCACCAACGAUUAGAGCUACGUCCCAGUCAUCACCUUCCGGUCCGUCUACUAUAUCGGCGAUACCGGUCAACCAGAGUCCCAGUCCAACGAGACCAACCAGCAUCAUGGCACCACCACCCAAGGCUGGUGCAAAGACGCUGGCUGCUCGCCCUCUAAAGGCCCGCGCCUCAGUCAAUGGACUCUACAAGAAGCCAUCUCUGCCAACAAUGACCCAGCCGGCUCCAGCGUCUGUUGCUUCGCCUCAGCCCAAGAAACUGACACCAUCCAAGUCCUAUGGAUCCCUACGAAGGCCCGGACCGUCAAAGAUUGGUGCUCCAGCCCCUAGCGCCUCCAAAGACACGGAUGAGUCUGGCGAAUCUGCAGCGACAAAGUCAUCCAAUGCUCUGCGGGAGCAGAUUGCCAAGGCCCGAGCAGCCAAGCGCGUUGCAGACCGACAAGCUGCGGAAGCGGCAACAGCUCCAAGCACCGCUCCGAUGGCAGAUGCUUCUGGAAGCGCUGUCCAAUCUGAACCUCCCAUCAUCCCAGUGGACGACGGCUUCGACUUUGGCAUCGCUAUCACGCAAGAUCCUUUCAACACGAAGAGAUCGGAGACCUCUCAGACCAAGAUCAUUCAGCAGAGGCUCGGCGCUGCCCGCAGCAGUGGUAGACUCAACAUCGCAGCCAUGGGCCUCAAGGAGAUCCCGGUCGAGGUUCUGAAGAUGUACGACGCGGAGUCCAUGGGCACUUAUGAUGGCUCCUGGGCUGAGACUGUCGAUCUGACCCGCUUUGUAGCUGCUGAUAACGAGCUAGAGACCAUCGACGAUACCAUCUUCCCAGAUAUCACAGCGGAAGAAAUAGCACAGGAUGAGGACUCGAACGGCAACAUCUUUGGCGGUUUGGAGGCGAUGGACUUGCACGGCAACUCGUUGAUCUCUCUGCCGAUGGGAUUGAGACAGCUUCCUCUGCUCACAUCGCUCAACUUGUCCCAAAACCGCCUUGCAAACAACUGCCUCGAAGUCAUCACCCAGGCCAAGGCCCUCAGAGACUUGAAGCUCGCCAACAAUCUCCUGUACGGUCCUCUGGACCCCAUUUUCACCAACCUCGAGAAUCUCGAAAUUUUUGACCUUCACGGAAAUAACGUAUCAUCGCUUCCUCCUGGUAUCGAAAGUCUAUCUAGGCUGCGUGUCCUCAACCUAAGCGAGAACGGCUUCGAAUCCCUGCCUUUUGCGAGUUUCUCCAAGCUUCCACUGACGGAAUUAUUGGCGAAGAAGAACAAGCUGACUGGCACGCUGAUUGAAGACGGGGCCGAGUCUCUUCCAAACCUUCAAAUGCUAGACCUCUCAUGCAACCAGUUGACACGUCUGGUACCCUCCGGAUCAGUCAUCAACUUGCCUUCUGUUCAUCAAGUCAUCAUCUCGAUGAACCGCCUGCAAGAGCUGCCAGAUGUCAGCUCCUGGCCUAGUCUCAUGACCCUCAACGCAGACGAGAACGCCAUUCCGGAAUUCCCAAAGGGUUUCACUGCGCUCGAGAAGCUGAGGCAUGUCGACUUCUCUGCCAACGACAUUCGUGCGGUUCCGCCCGAGAUUAGUAGAAUGGACAAUUUGACUAUGGUUCGCCUCGCUGGUAACCCGUUGCGCGAUAAGAAGUUUGUCUCUGCCACGACGGAAGAGCUCAAGGAGGUGCUUGCCGGCAGACUUGAGCCGCCUCCGCCAUUCAAGGACGAGGACACUGCGAUAAUCAGCGAGGCACACCUUGAGGAGCCCCAUGACAUUCAACCAGAGACCACUGCUGCGCCAGCCGCCGAAGCUUCAGUUCGCGAUAGUCACUCGGACGAGGACGACUUCGCUACCCCUCCCACCUCUUCGCCGACCUCACCGGCACGGGCGCGUUCGCAAACGCUAGCCAAUGAGACGUGGCCCGUCAAGCAAGGUGUCCUGGAUCGAUCCAAGACUAAGUCGGCUUCGUUGCACCCUGUGGUCUGUUCUAAGGUUGCUGCUGACAACAAGGUAAUCGAAGUGCAGUUGCAUCACAACCUUUUUACCUGUUUCCCGAACUCGCUGUCCUUUUUCGCCGAGUCUCUAGCCGCGCUGUCUCUUGCGCACAACCAGCUGGUCGGCGAAACCUACUUGACGGAGGAGCUUGACCUUCCAGCACUGCGUGAGCUGAACCUCGUCAGCAACCAUAUUACCAGCCUCUCACCGUUGACCACGCACCUGAUCGCCCCGCAACUGGAGAAGAUGGACGUUUCUUUGAACCGCAUCACGGCUCUUCCAACUGAUUUGCGUGCGGUUUUCCCCCGGCUCGUCGUUCUUUUGGCAGCAAACAACCACUUGAUCGAGCUCGACCCAGACACCAUCAAGGGCAUGGAGGUUGUUGAUGCUGGUAAUAACGAUAUUGCACACUUGAACCCGAGACUCGGCCUACUUGGUGGUACUGGCGGACUCAAGCGUCUGGAGGUCGCUGGCAACCGUUUCAGAGUUCCUAGGUGGAAUGUUCUUGAACGGGGUACGGACGCUACUCUACGGUGGCUGAGGGGCCGCGUGCCAGUAGCGGAGAUGGCCUCGUGGAAGGUUAGCGAAGGUGACUCGGGCAAUGCUUCCGACACCAGCCUAGACGAUGUGGACUGA